CAACAGGUCACAUCUUUACAAGAGGGAUCAAAAUUUGAUUGCCCAUCCUCGGAAUCAUUCAGGCUGUCAACAUUUGAGGCGAGUCGGCGGUCUAUUUUGAUGGUGCACGGGAUGCUGGUCGAAUGGUGGGGUCGUGAUGAGGCGUGGGCUCCACCAAAUUUUGUCAGUGGCGUUGAGCUCGGAAAACAGGGAUCACAGGAUGCAUAUCAGCAAGGAAAGUGUGGGUAUUCAACUAGAGUCAUUACUGGAAUCGUCAAUAGUAGCGGGGAAGCGUUGCAGGCCAUCUCUUUGUCCAAAGACCCAGGGAGGUCGGGGUUUGACAUUUGUUCAGUAAGUCCAGUGCUCAAGAGCGCAACCUUGUUCAGUGGAUCAUUUUGGAGAUCACCUUUCACUUCUGAUCUGGAAAGAUGCGCACACGUUACCCAAUUUAGGUUCAGACCACCGAAGGAAUAUAUUGAAGAUUCACCGGCCGUAGAACCAGCAAUGAGAAAUGGAUUGCUCUCUGGUGUUUUCUGGCUUCCUAAACGCGAGAGUCGUCAUCACGAGCUGUCCAAACGUGCAGCGCACAUGAGAGGGUCGACACAG